AUGGCGGGCGAUGGUUCCAAACCGACCUUGAAGCUGGAAACCAGCCAGAUCAAUCGCCCAGACAUGCCGCCACCUCCCAUCGCUGCAACACCUUCCGCCGAGACGCCCAGGCCCAUACUAAAGCUCAGCAGCUCACGGCAAUCAUCAUUCAGCGGCGACCUACCCACACCUUCCGGUGAGAAGAAGACUAUUCGCAUUAGAGUCAAUUCGAGCCAGCCCAGCACGCCGGCGACCGCCGCCCCUCCCGUCAAAAUCACCAAGACUGGCAGAUCGUCCAAACCAACGGAAAAGAUCAUUGCUGCCCAUAAACGCAACUAUGAUAGCGAUGAUGAUGAGGAAGAUAAUGCGCCCAUGGCGGGUCGUCGCAUUUCCAAAAUUCAGAUCAGAACUCCCACGGCAACAACAAACUCAUCGAAAAAGGCAUAUGCUGUCCAAACACCAACGGGUCGACUCCUGCUCAAACCCAAAGGGAAAGCUGUCGAGCACAAGCCUGGCGAGGCAUGGGACUCGGAAGCAAGCGACCGGGAGGAAGAUCCAGUCAGAGAAGGCGCUGUUAUACUCCGGACCUUACCUGGGCCCUCGACAGAUUAUCUCAACAAGGCCAUUGAAGAAGGCAAGAUCGGUAUUGACAAAAAGUCGGGGGGCGCUGACCUUUCUGUUGACUGGCUCGACGCUAAAGACCGGCGAGCCAUGGUCACGAUUGAUGGUCACCAUUUUGCUGCAGUACUCGUGGAUCUGCCCACCAUUGUCGAAGCCAUGAAGACGUGGGACAAGAAGAAUUUCAUGAAAAAUAUGGAUAUUACUCAAAUGCUGCUGUGUUAUGAAAAGGUAAACAGCGAGCAAGAGGCAAAGACGAUACCAUUGCCUCAGAUGGUCCAGCAGAUGGAUCAUAAGUGGCCGCAUGGCUUGACUCCCCCCAUGCACGACGCUGUCAAUCGAAGGUUUAGAAAGCAACCAACAGAAAAACAACUGAUCAGUACGGCUGCCCAGGUUAAGAAACUGCUGGCCGAGGAUGCUGAAUGCGUUGAACAACCCAAAUACGAGUUCCUAAUGGACGAAGAUGAGGACUUUGAUGAGUCAGGUGAUGAAGAUGCCGAGGGCGAAGAAGUGGAUGACUACUUUGGAGGCACUGAUUUCGCAGACGAGCCCACCCAAGAAGACGAUGAGGUGGACCACGCCGAUCUCGAGGCCGAGCUGGAGGCUGAGCUGGCUGGAGAAUUCGACAUGGAUAUGGGAGAUGCCGAAGGAGCUACUCCUGCUACGCAGCUUGAAGCACAAACGCCAAUGACUCUUGAAGCUACCACCCCUGCCGCUGGAGCUGCCGAGGCCAGUGAUGCCGAUGGCGAGGACGAAGAAGAGGUAUCCGAUGAGGACGAUGACGAUGACGAUGACGACGAGCUUGAUGAGGAAGAAGCAGCCAAACAAGCCGAGUUCAGAGACAUGAAGAACGAGAUGGUUGGGCUACAGAAGAAGGUGUCAGACCUUGAAAGUCAACUGGAUACACAAGCCAACCCACUCAUGCGCCGCCGUAUUCUCACCAACAUUGACAAUCUCAAGAAGGAGAUCUCAUUGCGCAAGGCACAGCUCAAUAUCACGGACGACGAAUAG